UCAGGUGACGCCAUGACCAGCAAGAUGGACCUUCUUGCUCAAAUAAGUGAGCUCCAAGAAGCCGUGUCGAGCAUGAAGAGUUCCCUGACCGAAGCCGUGACGCGGCUUGCAGCUGUCACCGAGGACGGUGGCAGCAGCUCUAUGUUGCAGCAGAACCAGGACGCAGCUCGCUUGCAGCAGCAAUUGCAAGACGACUUGCAGCAAAUGCAGACAAAAUGUGAUGGUAACACAACUCAAGUUGUGAAGCUCGUCCUCGCUCUCAAAGGAGACGUCUCCGGUCUUAAGAAGGAGAUGUCCGCCAUCAGCGAGCGCCAGGAUGCCCUCCAGAGGUCGCUCGAUGCGCUGCUCGAGGAGCGUCAAAAGGAACCUCACUCAAAGAACAACCGCAGUAGAGGAACGCACGGCGACACUUGCGGUGGUGGUCGCAGCAGCGGCGGCCACAGCAACGACAGCGGCGUGGCGCUGCUGCUGGAGAAGGCUCACCAGGCCUUCAUGUCGGACGCUCUCCCAGCCUCGCCUUCGGCCUCGCUAAUGCAUAGGACUUCCGAUCAGGACUCGCUACCCGAACAGCCUUCACUACUAGUGCCCCCGUUAGUGUACGAUUAUGUGGCUGGACUCUCGAACCAUGCGGCACCCACACACAACAUUUCUGGAGGAGGUGAAACGGAUGACCUCGCUUAUGACUCAGACUCUUCACUGACGUUCGCCGCAAACAAAUCCAUCAGCCUGAGCGCCACCAUAAGCAAGGAGAUGAGGGCAGCAGGACUGGCUCCUUCCCCUCACGCCAUCUCGCGAUCUAGCGACCCAGCUCGAGCAAAUUCUCCUCUCAGUGCCAACGAAUCCCAAACUAUCGUUGGAUCUGCAAUCAACAAGCCCAAAAGCCAAGCCAAAAUUCAUUCCCAAUUCAACGCAUCGACUACUUCGAGCUGUGACUCGAGUGGCUGUGUCGUCAACAGGACGGAUUCUGAUGGGUCGGAUCAGUCGCGCGAUGUAAUACAGACUGGAAGACGGCGGAGAUACGAAAAAGGCCUGAGUAUUAGCAGCACAGGAAAGCUGUACGGGCCUCUGCAUCGCAGCCUCUCUCAGGACUCGGCCACUUACGCCGCCCUCAGUUGCUGUGGUCCUCUCACGUCAGCUGGCCUCUACAGCCUCAACAACCAUGAUAUCUACAGCCAUACCAGUCACCACCACCAUCAUCAUCACCAGCAGCAGCAGAUUCAACGCGACAUUAAAGAUUCUCAUCGCUGUAGAGUCGCACGUGAACUACUCGAGACCGAGAAAAAAUACUGUAGAACGUUAUGGAUUAUACAGGACACGUUUGCCGAGCCCUUGAAGAAGCGUGGGAUUCUUUCUCAGCCCGAUAUUGACACAUUAUUCCCGAGUGAAGUAUACCAGCUAUACGACAAACACUGUCAUCUUCAGCAUCAGCUCAGAGAACGACUCGUGUCUUGGCAAUGGCAGCCUCUUGUCGGCGACAUUCUUGCCAAAUUUACGGAGCCUCACCAAUCGGAUGUACUACGCUUGUACACUUCUUACGUCAACGACUUCCCCGAAGUUCUGAAGACUUUCAACAAACUCUGCCGCAAUUCGCCUCCUUUCACCAAAUUUAUCAAGAGCUGCUUGGAGCAACCGUCGUGCGGUGGUUUGGAUCUUGGAGCGUUUCUACUAACUCCAGUUCAGAGAAUACCUCGCUACAUCCUGCUGUUGAAACAGCUUCUCAAGUACACCGAUGAAACGCACCCUGACUUCCACCACAUCAACGUUUGCCUGGAUCGACUCAAAGACUUUUUGGAGCGUCUCAAUGACUCCAUUGAGCACUCGUUCCAGCUUGUGCACGCCACUUUCUCGGGGGCGAUGGAGCCGACCAUCGCCGUCACCAGGACUGGACGUAGUAGAGCGAGUCGGUCUCCCAGACGUUCAGAAUCUACGGCUGAAAGUCCCACCUACAGGCCGGAGCGGCUCACUAGUCGUUCUGCGGACCGUGUGACUCAUGAGAGUCCUGAAUGCACCAUCCCUAGCUCAAAACCAAGCCCCAAGCGCUCGAGCAGCAUGGCUGGCGGUCCUGCCAAGCAGCUCGUGGUUAGCAAGCGAAGACCUCAAUCUUCCGAGGCGGGGAGGUCACGAUCACUUCCACGAGCGGCGCCCUUGAACCCAGAUAACGAAGACCCGCCAACGAAACAGAAAAAAAGCAAGAGACCAGCACGACCGCUACCGACUGCACGGUCUGUGGCCGACAUGACUAAGACUCCCGAUGAGUCACAGGGAGUUUCAUGGGACGAAUUUGCAGCGAGCGAACCUUCUCUCCUCGACAAGUGCGGGAAAAAUGAAAUCUUCGACGUAAAGGAGGCACAAUCCGUCGAUGAAUCGGAGCACGAUUCACCCGGUGUUGAAACUGAGCGCUUGCCUAAUAGGCAAGAUGCAUCACACGAAGAUGGAGUCGUUAAGAAAAAGUCAAUCAAAACUUCCCUAAAAAAUAUGUUCACCUUCAAAAAGAGGACUGGUGCUUCCCCAACUGGUACCCGUCCUUCGUCCAUUCCCAACCACCACCACCACCACCAUUUGUUCCCCAUAAAUGAUCACCACCACCUACAUCACCAUCAUCACAACCACGAUUCGCACCACCAUCCACCUAGGCCAUCGACGGCUCGCGGGAUGCGAGAAGAGGGCGACUACUGGGAUCCUCAGACGCAGUCACUGCAGGACGGAUCACUGCAGGCAGGCUGUGCACCUGCGUCAUCUCAGUCCCAGGCGGCGCCCCAACAGCCACGAGAGACUUCGCAGGUCUCAGGAACCCCGUCGAGUUUCUCGCCAUCCAACGGCCACUACCAAACGUUAGCGUCGCUCUUGCCGCCGCAGCAAACACACACGCCACUCCAGCCAUCCACGCCGGUGCCGGGGCAACAUUGUCUGUCUGUUGUAGGUGAUUUUGUCGACGAGGAUGGGAACCCUUGUUCUAAUGUGUAAUGUACAUUCCAGGUCCCUUUACAGGUUUUAAUUUUGUAGAAAUAUUUUAUAAUUUUUUAAAUAGAUAUUAAUCUUUAACAAUCUCCCAGGAACUCUCCAGAUCUUAAAGAUGUUACGGACUUUGAUUCAAAUUGUUAAGCGAUAAUGAAUUUUUGUACACUCAAAAAUGGCAUGAUGAAAUUUUUACUUCUGUGUAAGUACCCGCCAUGCGUCAAUAUAAAAUCUACAUUGUUAUUUAUUUGUAAUGUGUCGAUGAUUCUACAUGUAGUGAUUGCGAUACCUGGCUAAAUUUUAAUUCGUCCCAUUGAAAAUUGUUGUAAAGUAAUGUAAGAUAUCGUGCAAUAUUCCGUCCAUUGAGCCAUAAGUUUGCAACGUGCAAAUUGACUUGCAACGGGCAAACCAACGUGCAAAUUGAUUUAAUUCUAAGAUACCCAUGCAGAUAAUCGUUUUUUAACGAAAUAAAUAAGUACUUUGUUUACA